UACAGCUGCCGUCGCGCGACAAACCGAAAGAUACAAUUGUGAAAAUAAUGACGCGGUAAAGUCCCGCGAGAGGCAAUCGUGUGUCUCAUAAAAACUCCAAGCUUCUCCGGGAUCAACACAGAAGUUCACUGCUCUUCAGACGGUGAACUAUCACUGAGUUUUUCCGUCAAUAUUCAGAAUGAAGCUGAACGCUAUAGUUUUAGCUUUGUUGUGUGUUGUUGUGUACGCAACAGCGGAGGAGGAAAAAAGGAAGGAAACAAGUCGAUGGCUUAGAACGUUGUCGGUGCCGUAUCGGUUUCGUCGCGACACUCAGAAUAGCAUCACCGCGAACGUGGCGCAUGGAGAAGUUCCACAACUAUCGAUUGACGCCAAUAUUAACAAAUAUAUCUUCGACAACGGCCGCAUAUUCGUCGAUCUCACCGAAAACGCGAGCAUAGCUCCCGGAUCUGAACCACAAUUGAACGGCCAGCUGGAUAUUUUGCAUGAAAUUGGCGAGAACAGUUUCCUCCGCGCUUACGGUAAUCUUGAGCCGGAUGGUAAUUCGACUCGCAAUUUCGGACUCAACGGUGUAUUUCGAUUCAAAAGAGACGCCGAUCCCCCCAAAAAUUCGAUAAACUUCCAAGGGAGCCAACCUCUGAGCGGUCGGAAUCGUCAACCUUCUUGGGAUCUCAACUUUAAUCGCAACAUCGCGAAUAAUGAUCGCACCAGGGCGGACGUUUUCGGGGGAGUGAGUAAAGUGCCCGGACAACGAGCGCAGCCACACAUCGGUGUUCAGGCUGAGAGAAACUUUGGCAAGAACGGUUUCAUCAGAGGUUUCGGCCAGCUUCAACCGGGUCGUGGAGGUCGUGGAGUCUCCCGGUCGUUCGGCAUAACCGGUGGCUUCCGAUUCAGGAGAGAGGCCGAACCACAAUUUACUUAGAUAAAUGUUAACGAUUUCAGCCAUCUUUAACCAAAUCUAGAAGAUCACAGGGUCGCUCUCUAGAUUUAUUUAACCGGUGACUUCUUAUUCUGGAAAGAAUUCGAGGACAUUGGUGAAGUUGGUGUCGAGUUGUAUAUUUUUAGACGAACUAGCGUAUUCAUUACGAAAGA